AUGGACUAUUCUGGGACCAUACCAGCAACGGGCGUUCCGCCCCCAGCGCCCCCUCCCCCACCCCCUACACUCAACACCUCAAAGAUAUUGGGCUCUAGCUGGAGGACAUCAGCCAAUCGUGACAACGUCGGGAGCGUUCAAACCGCCAAAUCUCCGGAAAGAUCGCUUCCAUUUGCCGGCGUUCACCCUGAGACAUUACAGCACGCAGCGCAACGUUUGCGCCCGACCGUCUACCGUGAAUCGCUUUUACCAUAUGAACGGGAACAAUUUUUGGACGGAUCGGAUCAAUUGGCUUCUGGGAGAUAUUGGCAGAAUCAGCCGCAGCAUGACACGCUGGCCCAGCAUCAAACCGGAACAACGGUACAUGCUACGCACGAUUAUUCCCACCAAUCUCCCGCGUUCGGUGUCAACUCCGGAUAUAGCCCUUCGAUGAGUCCAAGUAUACAGCAACAGCAGCAAAGCAGCAAUUUUAAUAGUAAUAAUAAUAAGCAAUAUCAACAAUAUUCAUAUAAACCACAGCAGAAGCAAAAUAUGGAGAUAAAAAUACCUAUACAAUUAAUUGGGCCUUUACCUGGACAAACUAAUUUUGGACCGAAAUCAUCAUAUUCACCAACACCCUCUCCAAUAAAUUCUUUUAUAAAACAAACUUCACAACAAACAACUUUUAAUCAUCGUCAAUCACCAUUAUUACAACAACAACAGCAACAGUCAUCUUCUUCACAACAACAAUUAAUUAAUGACCCAAAACGUUAUAUUCAUGCAUAUGCAACACAAACACCUGUAGCUACCUUAAUGACAGGACAAAAUGGUGGUGGAAUAAGAGAAAAUAAUUUUGGGAGGGAAAAUGAAUUUAUGGCAACUAGUAAUGGAAGUGGAGGAUGUAUUCACUUGAGGAAACAAAAUGUUGAUAAUUUUGUUAAGGAAUUGCGUGAUCAAGGAUUAACUGAACGUCAACGUGUUGCCAAUCAACAACAAAAACCAGUCAAUUAUUCUUCAACUUCAGAACCUCCCCCAUCUUUACAAAAUUUUGUUUCGUAUAAACAAAAAAUUAUUAAUUCAAAUAAGGAAGAAAAUAAAGAAGAAGAUUCAGUUGAUCAAUUAAUUAAAGAAAUGGAAUGGAAAAUGCGUAGUGGUUAUGGAGCUGCUGGGGAAAAUUAUUGUACCAAAUGUCGUCAACAAAUUUCUGGAGAUCCCCCAGGUGUAACAGCUUUAGGCCAGCCUUAUCACGUUACCUGUUUUUGUUGUGAUCAAUGUCAAAAACAAUUGGCUGGUUGCUCUUUCUAUGCUGUUGAUGGUAAAAAUUUGUGUCAAGUUGAUUAUAUGAAUUCUCUUGAGAAAUGUGGCAAAUGUAAAAUGCCUAUUACACAAAAAAUUCUUCGAGCACUCGGAAAAGCUUUCCACCCAGAAUGCUUUGUUUGCCCUACUUGUCAAAAAUCUUUGGAUGGAAUUCAAUUUACUGUGGAUUCUGAAAAUUCAGCUUAUUGUCUUGAUUGUUUCCAUGAAAGGUUUUCUCCAAGAUGUGCUUCUUGCCUAAAAGUAAUCGCCCCUAGCGGCAAUGAAACAGAAGUUGCUCGUGUAAUUGCUAUGGAUCGAAGCUACCAUUUAGAUUGUUACAAAUGUGAAGAUUGUGGAUUAAAGCUCAAUUCAAAAAUUGAAGGGCAAGGCUGUUACCCAUUGGAAUCACAUCUUUUUUGCAAAAAUUGCAAUUUGAAACGACUUAAACUUGUCAAAUAA